AGAGAGAUCAUAGAAGUUAUUUGCAACAAAAAAUGUUAUAUAACACAUGGUCGAAAUGUUGAUGUUUAUUCUUUAAUUUAACAUUUCUUGAUGUCCCGAAAUAUUUCCAUAAGUUUUUCUAGACUGACUGAAUCGAAUUUGAGAACGAAUUCUACAAACGAAAUGAGUGGUUCCGAUAAUGAGCAUUCAAAAAGGAUCAAUUAAGAAUUAGUACCUGCGAUAAGGAAUUAUUUUGAUGAAUUAAUAAUUUAAUGAUCAUAUUCUUGGGAAUAGUUCACCAUUCGUCUCAAAAAUAUCACAUAUCGAUUCAUCAAUAUUUCGGAAACAUCUGAAUAAUUCACACCAAAAUCUAUUUGACUGAAACUUUCAUCUCCAAGAAAAAUCUGAAUAUUAAAUGCUAUUUAUAUUUACUAGUCUCCUUAAGCGAUAAGAAAUUUAUUUCUUCAAUGAAUAUACAGUUUCCACAUUUUUUCAUCCAUAGUAGACCAAAAAAUGAUUGCCAAAGGUUUUCUGAUCACAAUUUGUAUCUUCUUCACGACUGAGAUUUUUGCCGAAAAUUAUGACCGAUAUAGAGAUUUAGAAGAUUUCACAAGAAUUAAUAUCAAUGAAACACUUGUAUAUCUGCAAGAAGAUCCAAUUUUUUUUACUCGUUUAUUCUCAGAUUUAAUGCACAACAUUGAGCCCUUCGUCAGAGGUCUAAUGGGCUAUAAUAGAUUGAAAAUUGGUGAAGUGGCCAAUGAAACACUACACAGUAUUAUAAUUAUAACAAAUGGUACAUCAUUGAAUAGGAAAAGAAGACGAUGCAUUGAUGAGAAUAAAAAAAUUCUAUUCCUAGUUUAUCAGAACGCUGUAUCCGAUUGGCAGUGUAUGAAAAUUCACGUGGUGAAGUUUUUUGACAUAAUUUUACCUCUUUGGCAAACGCUUUUCAGUUUUACCAUCAUACAUGAUACAGAGUGCUGGUUUCUACCUUUUUGUCUGCUCAGCAAAGGUUACGACGUUGCAAAACUCUCUGCACAAAUGUUAGCGCAUAGUGCUUCUAUAAUAAAGUUAGGAGCUGACUUUCUGCUGGAUACGAGGGUUUGUCAAAAGGAUAUUUUACCUUUCAACAAAAUUUCUACAGUGAUCCUAGAAAACAUCAAAGUUUGUACACUUAUUUAAUGAGGAUAUUAUCCUAAUAAGACAUGGAGACAUUGGAAAAAUUUGUCUGUUCGUUCAUUUAAAUAUUUCCUAUUCACAACCUGAA